UCAGGAAAUAGUAGAUAAUGGCUGCCUCUGAUUCAAGUUGUCCUGAAGAUCUGGCUGAAAACCUGGCAAAUCAGGACCCUGUAGUAAAUGACUCACCAGUCUGUGAAGAAAAGUGUGAAAGUAUAGAACUGAAAAAUGAAGGGGAACCUCUGGUAGAACUUGAAAGCAAAGAUCGAUGCAGCAGUGAACCAGGCCUAGGAGACCACCUGUUUGAAAAUGGAUCAUUCAAGGAUCAGUCACCCAGUCUCUUGACAGAAGGAUACCCAGCAGAGAAGGAGGAAGAGGUGCUUUGUGAUUUCUGCCUAGCUGAGAAGGUGCUGGCAGUAAAAUCUUGCUUGACCUGCAUGGUAAAUUACUGCCAGGAUCAUCUGAGGCCUCACAUGGAGAAUGCCAAACUACAGAGCCAUAAGCUUAUGGAUCCACUAAAGGACAUUGACAUACAGACCUGCAAGACCCAUAAAAGGUGUAUCAGUUGGUUCUGCCACAGUGACCUAGUCUGUGUCUGUCAGGAGUGUCUCUCUGAUGAACACCAAAACCAUCAGGCUGUAAGCUGUGGGAUAGCCAGGAAAGAAAAAGAGUGUGAACGUCUUCACCUCCAAGAAGAAUAUAACUGGAAACUGAAGUCAACUGAAAAUGCAAUUGUUAAACUGCAGAAAAAUUCAGAGUCUAUAGUGAAGUCAGUAUCUGAAGUGAAAAUCUUGGUGGAAGAGAAGUUUGAGGAGCUGCUCCAAGCUGUCAAGACAACCCAUGCCACUGUGCUCGCUUUUCUGGAGGAGAAGGAGCGUGCUGCACUUAAUCAUGCAAAUGGAAUAAAGAUCUACCUUCAGAACAAACAAGAGACAAUGGAAGAAUGUAAGAAAAGAUUGGAGAAGAUGGCCACCCACACUAAUAAUAUCAUCUUCCUAAAGGAAUACUGUGAAUUCAAGAAGAAUAUAGGAGAUGAUACAUUGCCCAGUGUGUAUAUUGGCCUAAAAGACAAAUUAUCAGGAAUACAAAAGGUGGUCUCUGAAUCCACUGAACAGCUUUUACAAUUACUACGAACUUCCUAUAAAGACAAAUUGCAGAGUUUUGCCAAAGAUGAAGAUGCUGGGAUAAAAACAACAGUGUCUGCAAUUGUUCCAUCCAAACAUCGCCUAUCAGCUGCAGAACCCCAAAGCAGGAGUGACUUCUUCAAGUAUGCUUGCCCGUUAACAUUUGACCCCAUCACCGCUCAUCGCUAUUUGAGGCUCUUGGAUGACAACCACAAGGUCACAAACACCACACCCUGGGAGCAUCCGUAUCCAGAUCAUCCAGAAAGAUUUGCACACUGGCGCCAAGUCUUGUCAGAUCAAAGCUUAUAUAUGGGCCGCUAUUACUUUGAAGUUGAGGUAUUUGGAGCUGGUAUUUACAUUGGCAUGACAAAUAAGAGCAUUGACAGGAAAGGUUCAGAGAGCAACAGUUGCAUCUCAGGGAAUAACUUCUCCUGGUGUAUUAAAUGGAAUGGCAAGGACUUCUCAGCUUGGCAUGGUGAUGUGGAGAUACCUUUGAAAUCUCAGGGAUUUAGAAGAAUAGGAGUCUACCUAGAUUACCCCAGGGAGACACUCUCCUUUUAUGGCAUUGCUACUGGCUCAAUGACUCUCUUGCAUACUUUUGAAUGCAAGCUUAACGAACCUUUAUAUCCAGCCUUCUGGCUAUCAAAGAAGGAAAACAGCAUUCAGAUUGUCAGGCUGCGAGAAGAAGCUGAGCAGAACCCAGCACCUUUUCCUCCUUUCCCAGGAGAACCAGCUUCCAACAAUUUGGGGACUUACGAUUAAAGCAAUGCACAGGAUGAAACUGUUAACUCAGAACCUAGUCAUUGACUGGGUUAGAUGAUCUAGGCAACUCUGGCCAGUUGUGGACUCUUUGUACAAGCAGCCUACUGAAAAAUUGUGCUUUAUAAAUUUCAGGUUACUUAUUACCUCUGUGAAUAUCACCUCUCAGCUGAGAGACAAAGCACAAAUGAUAAAAAUUCUCCUCUUUUUAA